AUGGUUUAACCAUUCUUAGCCCACAGGCUAAAUAAUCUUUAUAUCUGCCACAUGUAGAUUCCUAAAUCUCAAUGCAAUGAACCCUGUUCCCCAGGAUACAGGAAAUCUAAAAUAGAAGGAAAACCAUCUUGUUGUUAUGAUUGUAUCAAGUGUGCAGAUGGAGAAAUGUCCAACACAACAGAUGCAGCAAAUUGUGUGAGAUGUACUGAGUAUCAGAAGUCUAAUACAGAGAGAACUGAAUGUCUCCUUAAAGCUAUAAACUUCCUUUCCUAUACAGACACAAUGGGAGGCAGUUUUACUUCCAUUGCCUUGAUCUUGUUCAUCACAGCUUCCACAGUUUUGGGAAUCUUUGUGAAAUAUUGGGGCACUCCGAUAGUGAAAGCUAAUAACCAACAUCUCAGUUGUAUCCUCCUCAUCUCUCUCAUGUUGUGUUUCCUCUGCACUUUAUUAUUCAUUGGACGCCCAACACAAAUAUGUUGUCUACUCCGACAAGUAACAUUUGGAAUUGUAUUUACUAUUUCUGUUUCUUCUAUACUGACUAAAACUCUCACAGUUAUUAUUGCCUUCAAUGCCACUAAGCCUGGGAGCAAGCUGAAGAAGUAUGUAGGAACCACAGUGCCCAUUGUGUUAGUUAUAAUAUGCACUCUGGGUUCAUCUGUAAUCUCUGCUGUAUGGAUGGCUUCUCACCCACCCUUUUUUGAGGCUGAUACAUUUUCAGAAAUGGACACAGUUAUUUUAAUGUGUAAUGAAGGAUCUGUAUCCCUUUUCUUUUGUGUUAUUGGAUAUAAAGGAACCUUGGCCCUACUAAGUUUCAUUGCUGCAUUUCUAGCCAAGGAUUUCCCUGACAGAUUUAAUGAGGCUAAAAACAUCACAUUCAGUAUGUUGGUGUUCUGUAGUGUGUGGGUGACAUUUGUCCCUGCAUACCUGAGCAGUAAGGGGAGUAGAAUGGUGGCAGUUGAGAUAUUUGCCAUCUUAUCCUCUAGUGCUGGAUUAUUGGGCUGUAUAUUUGUCCCUAAAUGUUAUAUUAUUUUUCUUCAACCUGAAUUAAACACGAGAACAUUUAAGAUAAAUCCUUUUGCUUGAUAUAUUGAUCUCCUUCAGAAAGCACAAUAGUCAUUCUUUUGCAGGUACCAUAGAUAUAGCAGAAAUAGUAAAACAAUGGGAUAUAUUCUAUAUUUGAUAGACAAGAAUGUGCCUAUAUAGAUGAAGCAAAGUUUUGACACAGCAACCUUUUGUUCACGGAUACUGCAAAUUUCUGCAGUGGGGAAAGUGCCCCUUCUUUAUUGGUUUAUAUCAUCACCAACAUUUGGGGGGUACAACAUCCCUUCAUCGUGUGUGUGCAGAACCGUGAACAAAAAGUUUCUGUUGCUAAGGGACCGUGCCGGGUCAACUGAGAACCAGCACCACUACUGCAAAGUGAGUAGUUUCCAGGUGUGCAGUGUAUUUAUUGGAUAACUGUUGAUUUUCGGCAAAGUAUUGACACCACACAUUGCAUACUGUGAACUAAAAUUAAAUUUCAAUAAAAGUGUCAUGUUAAUGAGUAGGGGAUAUAAGGAGUUAACAAUUCCCACAAUGGGGAACUGUACCUGUACCCUGGGGGAGGGAUGUGUUCCCUUGUGGGGUUAUUUAUCAAAAAUUCAAAUAUCAAAUUUGUGAAGUUUUAGAUGUUCAUUUCUACUUUGAAUGAAUAAUUUUUUAAAAACACUAGUAUGUUUGCUUAUUUAUUAAAAAAAUCUGAAUAUAAAAAAAUCAGUUACAUACAAUUAUGGAAAAACACUUGAUUAGCUUGAAUUUGUGAGUUUAAUAACUCCAAAAACUCAAAUAUGUGAGUUUACACGCUUCAAGAAACCUUGAAUUUAAAAAAAAAAAAAGGGCUAGAAUUUUGCCUAGGACAACUCCCACUGACUUCUAUGUGAACUUGCAAGCUUGUAGAUCCCGAAGUUUUAUAUUUAUAAUUUUUUAAAGUCUUUUGAAAAUAUAGUUUGCGUUUUUUUGUGCAAAACAAUUUGAAUUGUGGAAAAAAAUUGGAAUUUGAACCUUGAUAAAUCACCCCUGAAAGAACUUGGGUAAAAUGACAGGUAUCUCUUGUUAAAGAGCACUUCAAGUAUGCUAGAUAGUCAAUGUGAGGUAGUCAAAGUAGCUUUGUGCUCCACCAAGGAUUGUAGUGUGGGGUAAUUCCCUAGGCAAUGCCAGACUGUGGGGACUCUAUUUGCUAGGGAUCAGUGAAAUAGAGUAAAUUUGGUGAUAUUUUGCUGGGGGCAGACUCCUAUAGUGUAUGUAUUAUAAAAUAUGAAUUUGUUGUUAUUCUUCUAUCUGUUAUCUGUGGAGGUUAGUGUAAAGUUGUCUACAUGUUUAUAUUUAACCUUUGACCUAGGCACAUUCAUAGGUAUGCCUAUAGAGUAGUUUGAACUACAUUAUAUGGAAUUGUUCAAAUCAGAAUAUUACCAUAUUAACAUGUAUACAGUGAGUUUUAGAAAACAGUCAUUUGUAAUUGUUGGAAUAGUAUAAAUAUAUGUCUUAAUGAUUUGCUCAGGAUCAGUAAUCUCUUUGUAUUGCUGGUCUACACAAUUGUUUGUAAUAAAUCUUAAUAAAAACUAUUGGAAUUUU